UAUCAGGAGCGGCCGGCCGCGCAAAGGGAAGGGAUAUAAGGGCGGGCGCCAGGGCUCGGGUCACUUACCUGUUCUUUUCGCGUAGUAGUUGGUGUUCGUCGCUGAUCGAUCAAGCGAAGAUGUCCGGCCGCGGGAAGCAGGGCGGGAAGGCGCGGGCCAAGGCCAAGUCGCGCUCGUCGCGGGCCGGGCUGCAGUUCCCCGUGGGCCGCGUGCACCGGCUGCUGCGCAAGGGCAACUACGCGGAGCGGGUGGGCGCCGGCGCCCCGGUGUACCUGGCGGCCGUGCUGGAGUACCUGACGGCCGAGAUCCUGGAGCUGGCGGGCAACGCGGCCCGCGACAACAAGAAGACGCGCAUCAUCCCCCGCCACCUGCAGCUCGCCAUCCGCAACGACGAGGAGCUCAACAAGCUGCUGGGCAAGGUGACGAUCGCGCAGGGUGGGGUGCUGCCCAACAUCCAGGCGGUGCUGCUGCCCAAGAAGACUGAGAGCCACAAAGCCAAGAGCAAGUAAAGCGGAUGCGGACCGUCGUCCCUAGCACCGCAGCGAAACCCAAAGGCUCUUUUCAGAGCCACCCACAGCGUCGGGAAAGAGCUUGAGAUGCCACGGAGCGGGUGCCAGUGGAAGGAUGCGCUGGCGGUGUGUCGG